AUGAGCGCCGGGCAGGCCGCGGGGGAGGCGGCGGCGGCCCCGGCGCUGCCCAGGGUGCUCUCGGCGCUGUUCUACGGGAGCUGCUCCUUCCUCAUCGUGCUGGUCAACAAGGCGCGUGCUGCAGCUUUCAGCUUCCCAUCUCCAGUGUUCCUUGGAAUCGGACAGAUGGCAGCCACUAUACUUAUCUUGUAUGUGUCAAAAUUAAAUAAUAUCGUUCACUUCCCUGAUUUUGACAAAAGUAUACCUGUGAAGUUGUUUCCUCUGCCUCUGAUUUAUGUUGGAAACCACAUAAGUGGAUUAUCAAGUACCAGCAAACUCAGUUUGCCGAUGUUUGCAGUGCUCAGGAAGUUUACCAUUCCACUUACUUUACUGCUGGAAAUCAUCAUACUUGGGAAGUGGUACCCACUGAGUAUUAUAGUCAGCGUGUUUGCCAUCAUUCUUGGGGCCUUCAUAGCAGCUGGGUCUGAUCUGUCUUUCAAUCUGGAAGGCUACAUCUUUGUGUUGCUGAAUGAUAUCUUCACAGCAGCAAAUGGAGUUUACACAAAGCAGAAAAUCGAUCCAAAGGAGCUGGGAAAAUACGGUGUCCUGUUCUAUAAUGCUUGUUUCAUGGUGGUUCCAACAGUUAUUAUUAGCUUUUCUACUGGAGACUUUCAGCAGGCAAUACAUUUCCAGCACUGGACAAAUUUUUUAUUUCUCUUUCAAUUUGCUCUUUCCUGCUUGUUGGGGUUUCUCUUGAUGUAUUCUACUGUCCUAUGCAGUCAUUACAAUUCUGCACUCACAACGACAGUAGUUGGUGCCAUCAAGAAUAUAUCCAUCGCUUACAUCGGAAUGUUGAUUGGUGGAGAUUACAUAUUCUCUGUGUUAAACUUCAUAGGCCUAAAUAUUUGCAUGGCAGGAGGACUGAGGUACUCAUUUUUAACAUUGAGAGGAAGCAGCCAGCCUGCACGACCUGGGGAUGAAGAGAAUGCACUUCCUGCCUCAAAGAGUUAGCCAAAGUGCCUGCCUUGAAAGGGACUGAAGAUACAAGCAUUGCUGAGAACUUAAAUAUGUGAUGGGACACAUUUGGAACUAGAAAAUCUACCUCGAUUGUCAGAGAUGUGAUUCAUUGGCUCAGAAAUGUUCUUGCACACCAUGUUUUUUACAUAUAGACUAGUUUAAUUUCAGGGUUUUUUUUUUACACCACAAGCCAAUUUAUAGGAAGGAAUGCUAUGAGCAAAUCUCAAGCUGUAAAUUUCUGUGUUUACCUGUGUUUGGGUGCUGUUUGUACUCACCAAGAUCAGUGUCUGCCGAUAGUCUCUUGAGGCAAAACUCCCUUUAAAGACCAUGAAGCCUGAUUCACCAUUGCCUUAUGCCAUGUGCAAUCCUUACUGUCAGUGAAGAGAUCAAAAAUCCUGGUGGUGCAGACUGUUUUCACAUUUACCUGUGUGUGGGUGAUACAGAACAUAUGGGGCAAAGAGGAUAUGUUCCCCCAGAUUGUUUCCUGUGUUAGUGUUGACUAAAAAAUUGGGGAUAUGUCCAAGUGUGUUCAGUAUACAUUGUGUAGGCAUUCCCUUUCAGUCUUUUCUUCAUGCUCAAUAACACCCUGGUGCUCUGCUGCAAUUGGCACUGUUAGAAGUGAAUCCUCAUAACUUUGCAGCAGGAUCAGGGAGAGCAGGAAAAUGACAGAGGAUUUUUUAGUAUUUAAAGGUGUUUGUGUGUGUGUGUGUGUGUGAGAGAGAGAGAGCAAGUACCAAAAAAAAGUAAAUCUGUUUUUGUUUACGUGAUUUUUUCUUUUAAAAUCACCAUCACCUCCUCUGAUAUUUUGUCUCUAUCUUGCUGCAGAGAAGUGAUGCUGAUAUGUACAAACAUAGUAGGGAGGGGAGACUGAUUGGUAUAUGGGAGACUAACUCGUGUUUAAAAUGAGAAGAAAGGCUCAGUGUCUUGUUGUGUCUUUAUAUAUAUACAGUGAAAGCUUGUCUGGUACUAGUUUAUGCUUUGAAUUCUGAGCAAGAAAUCAUUAUAAGCCUGGGGAUUGCUGGAGUAGGCACAGUCCACACUUGUGAUGGUCUGAGUUAUCAUCUGGGACAACAGUGACACUGCUCUGUAUCUGUGUUUCCUUCUUUGAAAAUAUGGUUGACAAUGCUUACCUGUGCCUCUGAGGAUAAAGUGUUAACCUCUGAAAACAUGAUAGAAGCACUGCAGCACUGGAGGACAGCAGAGUAAUUAAUCUUGUUGAAAGUCUCAAUUCCCUGCAAGCACGAGCCAAGAUUUUUGAAAAUAAUCAAAUCAAAAGAAGAUUUUGGAAGACUUUGAUGUGGAACCAGUGUAGUCUAAUGACUUGUUUGAUCCCCCUCUGAAUUAAAGCAGAGCUAAAUCUGAAAAGCAUUGCUCUGUGUGUAGCACAUGGAUGACCAGCCUGGAUUAGGUUGAAGAGAUGUGGGUGGAUCACACCAGAAGCUUCAGGCAAUGAAUGGGCUUCCCACUGCCUGCAUGGAUGCGAAUGGCAAGUGAAGCAGUGACUGAAGAUAUUGCAAGUGGAAUUUAAGGGCACAGUUGAAGUGAAAAGAGAAAUCUGAGCUCUUCCAGCUGGCUAAGAGAUGUGACUUGCAUUUUCUGUCUGUUGAAGGUCUGGGGAGGGAAGGAUUUGCUGCAAAUAUUUUAAGAGUUUUUAAAGAUUUCCUUUAUACUUAAAAAGCCUUCAAUAUUUUUGAGUGCAUUCUUUUGUAGGACUGCUCUUUUUCCAGAUCAUCUCUACCUCCACAAUCCAAAUUAUUGAACCUCAACCCUCUGCAGUGAGACAAGGCAUUGGAAGGUUUUCAUUGAUUAUGAAAUGAUUAUGAGUGCCAUUUGAUUGCAAUACCAAUGAACAAACAAUGGCACCUGCUAAAUAAGAUGUAGUUCCCACCAAGGAACCCCUACUGUGUGCAUUGAAUUAAUUAAUAUUUUGCUGUACCUUUUAUAAAUAAAAAUAUAUGAAUUAUGGUUUUAA